AUGAAGAGCAGACAUGAGAGGAGAGAUAAUGAUAGAGUGAAGAGCAGACAUGAGAGGAGAGAUAAUGAUAGAGUGAAGAGCAGACAUGAGAGGAGAGAUAAUGAUAGAAGCAGACAUGAGAGGAGAGAUACUGAUAGAGUGAAGAGCAGACAUGAGAGGAGAGAUAAUGAUAGAGUGAAUAGCAGACAUGAGAGGAGAGAUAAUGAUAGAGUGAAGAGCAGACAUGAGAGGAGAGAUAAUGAUAGAGUGAAGAGCAGACAUGAGAGGAGAUAUAAUGAUAGAGUGAAGAGCAGACAUGAGAGGAGAGAUAAUGAUAGAGUGAAGAGCAGACAUGAGAGGAGAGAUAAUGAUAGAGUGAAGAGCAGACAUGAGAGGAGAUAUAAUGAUAGAGUGAAGAGCAGACAUGAGAGGAGAGAUAAUGAUAGAGUGAAGAGCAGACAUGAGAGGAGAGAUAAUGAUAGAGUGAAGAGCAGACAUGAGAGGAGAGAUAAUGAUAGAGUGAAGAGCAGACAUGAGAGGAGAGAUAAUGAUAGAAUGAAGAGCAGACAUGAGAGGAGAGAUAAUGAUAGAAUGAAGAGCAUAGAAGACAUGAGAGGAGAGAUAAUGAUAGAAUGA